CCGCUCAGCUGCAGCAGAACAGACGAGAAACCAUGGAGCGCAACAAGACGCGUUGGAGAGAGUCACCGAGCGGACGGGAGAAGUGCCAGUUUCUGAUCAGUUUCUAAGUCACUUUCAGCGACAGUGGGCAGAUUUUAGUUCACCAGCAGGUGGAAACUGAGUUAUUCCAAGCGUGCGUAAAUGGACUGGAGAGGUGAAGGAAAGAUUAUAGUCUUGGAGUGACCAGCAGCGACCAAAGGACGAGAGGAAAGGAUCGUAAAGAGCGCCCGAAGGAGAGACGAGUGCCCGUCGGAUAGAAAUGCUCUCUGUGUUAUUUUUAUUCACACAUUUGAACAUUUCAAGUUGUUUUCUUCACGGGAACGUCGCCGGUGUGCGCUGCGUAAAAACCCCAGACUGCUUUCAUGUCUCAUGUCGUUAGAGGGAACAGUUACUUUUCUCCAAGGAAACUGUGAGAGGAGCUGAGAUUCCAUAAAGAAGGAGGCACUGGGAUAAAAGCUGAGAACCAGUCACUGAACAGUUACGAACCAUGGUGAAGUUUCAUAACUCGGACCUCUGGAUAGCCUGGAUGGUAAUUUUCUGCAUGGAGGGUUCGAGGUUUGAUCUACACACAGGGAAAGUGUCUGUGCGGGCGCUGGAUGUGACAGUGUCCCAGAGCAGUAUCCAGGUUGCCCGCGGCCAAGCAGCCGUCCUGCCCUGCUCCUUCACCACCAGCGCUGCCCUCAACAACCUCAACAUCAUCUGGAUGGUGAUACCACUGUCCAAUGCUAACCAGCCAGAACAGGUGAUAAUUUACCAGGGUGGCCAGGUGUUCAGCCUCGCCAACCACCUCAAUGGUCGUGUUGGCUUCGUGGCCACCAUGCCAAGUACAAGUGCCUCCAUCUUCAUCAACAACACCCAGCUGUCCGACACUGGGACCUACCAGUGCCUGGUCAACAACUUCCCAGACAGAGGGGGCCGCAACAUCGGCGUCAUUGGGCUCACCGUGUUGGUGCCCCCCUCGGUGCCAGCAUGUCGAAUCCAGGGCACGCUGGAUGUCGGCAGUGACAUCAUGUUGUUCUGCAGCUCUGAUGAAGGUAUUCCCACACCGUCAUACUCCUGGGAGAAACUGGACGCGCUGCCCAAGCUGCCGCACAACGCCAUGCAAGACCAGAUGCAGGGCACUGUAACACUGAGAAACAUCAGCACCAGCACCUCAGGACUCUACCAGUGUACCUCCAGCAAUGCAAUUGGCAAGAGCACCUGUCUGCUCAACCUGCAGGUUGUAGCACCCCAGCCUCAGAGUGUGGGUCUGAUAGCAGGGACCAUCGCUACAGGAGUCCUAGCUGUUAUCAUCUGCUCCCUGUUAGUGGUGGUCACACUCUUCUACUGGAAGAACAAGAACAAAUAUGAUGAGGAGGAGAUCCCCAAUGAGAUCAGAGAAGAUGAUCUUCCUCCCAAGAGGUCGUCAUCAGUGAAGGCUUUCCAUGCAGACGCCUCAUCCUCAGAGAACGACACACUGACGUCUACCAACACCUACAACAGUCGCUACUGGCACAACCCCAAACCCAACUAUGACACCAACUCCUAUACACGUUACAAUGGAGACACUCGUCAGACCUUCUCCGCUGCCGCUCAUGGUGCACACGGACAGGCCCAGAACCCAGGACACAGCCACAGUACAGUGGUCACAGCACCAGGCUCAGCCCCAUUGUCCCGCCAUGCGCAGGCCACAACGGCAACAACAACAUCAUUUGCCAAUGGCAGCCACACGCUCCCGCCACCCAAGACUCUGGUGGUUACCACAAACUCUGCCCCAUCCCCUCCCACCAUGGUGCGCAGCAACGGCUCUGUGAGCCUCAAACCGGUGGUGACAUCCGCGCACGGGCAGCACACACACUCCUACGCGGUGAGCCAGGCCACACUGGAGAGGAUGGGGGCGGUGCCUGUCAUGGUGCCCGCCCAGAGUAGAGCAGGCUCGCUGGUCUGAAGUCUGAUUUGGUAAACUGUUAGCUUUGAAAACCAGACUAAAUGAGUUUGGUUUGGUUGUGAUGUUUGAAAUCCACUAAUGAAAAACAGAUCGAAUAUGGGCUGAAGCAGCCCGCUGCCCUUUACAACUGUGUCUUUCUGUAUGUCUCGACCUCUUUAUCUGAAAACAACUGGGAUUUUACAGUGCAGAGUUCGUUUAAUGCCAAUUCUUUGGACAGGACCCUCCAUUUUGUAGACAAGCACUACAUGGAAUCUGAUCAUCCCCUUGAUGGAUGGCUAUUCUUGGCAGAUGUGGUGGGAACUAUUUUUCAACCACGUGGAUGGUUUCACAAAGCUGGAGUGAAAUUUCCUGCAGAACCUGGAUUCCCAGAUCUUUUUUCAGGGCUGGAUCAUUGUGACGAUUGUGUUUUUUUGGACUCAAAGCAACACAAAGCAUCUUCAUCUCAAUGUGUCCAUACUGCAUGUUCAGACAAAGGCAAGCUUGGAUUCCCACAUAAAUGCAUGUGUCCCUUGUUUUAGGAUAACAAAUUAAGUCCAUAUUACUUUGAAUAAUUUCAGUUGUAAUUUUGAUUGACAGUAACGAUAGUGAUGAUGAGGAUUAUGCGUUGAAAAAGUGAAUGUUUAAAUGUCUGUUGGGAGUAACCUAAAAGAUAAAGUGUAAGAAUGAAAUGGUGUUGGGUGAAAUGGCCUUAGAAGCUCAGAGAGAGGGGUUUUAUUAGGUGCAAUACAUCACAUAAUAUACUUUAAUUCAUUGAAUGCAAACAUUUUAAUUACCUUUUUGCACUUUUCAGAGAAAUUUUAUAUCAAAACUGCUGUCUUAUGAAUAAUAACUCUUACUAAUGACAUACUUUGCCCUUACCACAUAAGUCAAAACUUUUCUGCACAUACAAACUACUGCUGAUAUUUGAAGAUAGCACAAGUGCUGGAUUUUCAGAGAAAACCUGCACAACACAUUUUACAACAUAAAGCUACUGUCCCAUAUUUAAACGUGUACCUGCAGAUGGAUAUUGUCAUAGUCUUCUCCAUGUUCAUCCUUGCUGUUGUCCUAAUCUGGUUCAUGUCACAUCAGUGCUGGUUUGAGAAGACAUGGAUAAGAGGAUGAUUAUUUCAUAAAUGCUUUAUAAAGAGACAAAUAUAUAUUUAAAGGUGAUUUUUUUCCCUUGACAAAGGCUAACACCUACUGUUUUCUACUGUACAUAUUGUAACUACAACAGUAGGCUAGAUUGUGAAUCAAAGAAAAUACAUUACAUGUCUGACUAAAACAGAUUUUACAACUCAUGUGUCUUAAUUUUAAAAUAGUUCUUUUUGUUACAUUAGACAAGCUGGGUUCGGUAGACAGUAUUUUUGGUUUCAAUGAGAGAUUUUUUUUUUUCUAAUGAGUAAUUGCCAUUUCAUCACAAGGUUAAAUACAUGGUUUAACAUUACUAUAAAUAAUAGACACCAAUGCUGUAUAUGGUAGAAAGUAUCACUGUGUUUCCGACCUGCUGUUUUUAUAUUUUAACCAAAUGUCACCAGUGGAAAAACAUUCUUACAAACAGUGUUCCCAAAUUUACCAACCCUUAUUUCUUAUUGUGCAUUACGUUUAAUGCACAACACUAAUAAUUUCUUGUCGCUGUGAUGCAAUAUUCGAUACAGGAAUUAUUUGUGUGUUACAUGCAGUAUUGGAAAAUGUGUUUUAUUCUUUAAAGCAAUUUCUCUUUGCGUCUGAUUAAUGACUUUUAUUAAAUGUUUUGGCAAUGGAAUUCUUAGGUAGACAAAUGUAUGUGCUAACAUCACAGAAAGUGCUCCAACUUUAACAAAUACAAUAUCAUAACUUAUGAUGGAUUAGUCCAGAUGACUUCACUGACUUUAGAAACACUUUUAAUAUCUAUUAUGGACUAUUAAAUAUACAUGCCGUCCUUGUAGGUGUUAGAUGCACUCAAAUACAGUUAACUGAAUUAGAAAAUCAAACAUGGGAGGGCUGGCAGCUAGUCUAGAGUGGUAUUAGCUUAUCAUUUCAGACUGGAAACAUAAAUACAGAGUGCUCUUUAAUCCCAACAAAUAUUUGGAUAAAAUGAGCAAUAGAUACUAGCCAAGGUGAUGUACUUUUGUGUUAUUGGUGUCACACAUUUAUGGAGUCUCACAAAUAGACCUGCUGAGUACCAGUAAACACUGGUUUUUCACCACAGUCAGUGAUACAGUUUACACAGACCUGGAUCAAAGAGCAAGCCUGUUUCUCCUGGGUUUUUAUUUUUUAUUUUUUUUAUUUGCCUGGAAGUCAUGAUGGAAAUGGCUUUUAGUUUUUAAUCUGCAUUUUUAAAUGUAUUUACUAUUUUAUCAGUUACAAUAGGUACCAGUGCAGAUCAAUUGCAAAUACUGUAUGUUUGUUCAUCAUCAUAGUAUAUUUGCCCCUAUUAUAGACUUUUCUUUCUGUUUUGUCUCAAAGCUGUCUACUGUGUGGCAGUGCUACAGUACUUUGGUUCAGUCCACCUCACACACAUAUAUACACACACACACACACACACACACACACACACACACACACACACACACAUUAAUUUAUAAACACGAUAAGGCUGAAAAAGGUCAACUGAUGAAAGGUCAGUCAACACCUUCCCUCCUUUUUGUCUGACAAUGUUUUCAGAAUAAAGUCUUCUGUCUGUGUAGAUUUCACUCACCAUCUGUCCCAGUAUCCCUGCCCUGAACAUUGGCUGACAACAUUAAAGAAGAACUUUUCUUCUAAGAGCUCUGGCUUUAUUCUUCCCAGAGAGAAUUUCAGGCCGAAGAAGCAAAACUGAGAUUAUUUUACUCUAACUCUGCCCUCCCUUUGCAGGAACAAUGGAGGAAAGAAAGAGAGCACAAUCAGUAGAAAACUACUGAAAUUUUAAGUCAGAUUAAAUAAACUUCUCAUCUUCUACCCCGGCCAUAGGUUGGCAUGUGGUACACAAGGUGGUAUAUGGGUUGUGUAUAUAGAUAAAUACUGACAUGUGAUAUAUUGCCAAUAGUAAAAACCAAUCUGUAAAUAUGUAUAAAAAUACAUCUUGUUCUUACUGUUGGGUUGAAAUCAAAUAGGAAAAAUAACACUGGAACUUGUAGUGAAUAAAUAUUGUUAAUACAUUCUA